AUGGGUGGCAUCUGUUCUUCUUUUUCUGCUCUUCCGAAUAUCAGCGAUUCCUCAUCACCAACAACAGAAAUAUCAAGAAAAUCCGCAGGGUCUUCCAUAUCGUUGCGAACCUUCUUUUCAAAUUCAAAAGGAAGCGACUCGAGCGUAAUCAUCAAUGUUUCUCCCAUCAAAACCAACAGCCAACCGUUCAAAACGAAAAACAAGCAUGAAGAGGAGAGAGAAAAUUCUCAAACUCUUCGGUUAUCAAAGGAAUCAAUAAUAAUCAGUCUGAAGAAGAGGGUGAGAGGAAGAAACCCGAAAAUUGCUCAAUUGAAAAAACAAUUUGAAAAUAUUAUGAAGUUUUUCGAUUUGCCAGUUCAAGAAAAUGUUUUUGAGAAUGUAAAUGCAAUCAUCAAUUAUUUCGAUCAAAAUAAGUCCAAAGAAGAAGUUUCCAUGAAACUAUCCAAGAUUGUAUUCGAUUCCUAUAACAGAGAUAAACGAGGAUGGUUAGACACCUCGGAUUUGAAAAAGUUUUGCAAAGAUUUACUCUACAUGUGUGGCCACACCAAUAUAACGGAUAAGGAUGUCAAUGAUAUUGUGGAAAGAUUGCAGAAUUUAAUACGAGCCCAGAAUUAUCAAAAGCUUAGCUUUGAGCUAUUUUGGAGUUCAAACAUUAUGAAAGGAGCUAUUUUAAACGCUGAUGGCCAACUGGAUGAAUCUAACGUUGUGUUUAAUCCUCAUUUGUCGACAGAGCAACUAAUGUUCAUUGGGAACCUUAAAUCUCGCGAACUUAAAAAGGAGUUUGACUGGUUUUUUACUUUCUUUGACUUCAAACCCACUGGGAAUCUGUUAAGAGACAUUAAUCUCUUUAUGACUGUACUCACCAACACCGACACAGAUGCUCCUUCUCCCUUUUUUGAUACAAAAGAAAUAACAACUGUACAGAGAAAACUGCAAUCAAGACUAUUAAGAUAUAUAUUUGAGUACUACGAUAAGGAUGGAUCAGGUGUGAUAGAAAGGGAUGAACUGGUGGACUUUAUCCAAGAUGUUCAGGAAGCUCUCUACAAGAACAGCGACAUUCCUGAAGAUGAGGACAAUAUCUCAGAACUUGUCGAUGAAAUGUUACAUGAUUGUGAUGUGGAUGGUGAUGGUAAUAUCAGUUAUCAUGAAAUACUUCCUCACUUACCCAGCGUUUUUGUGAGAAUGCGAAAUCAAAUUUCGUAG